CGGUGCCCAGCUCCGGCUCCCCAGCCCCCCCGCAGCAGCGCCCAGAGCCGGCGGUGAGGGGCGCCCCGCCUGACGGGCCACAGGCAACGUCCCCGCGGGGGGCGACGGCUUUGCGGGGGUCGGGGGCCCUGCGGGGUGGCCCCGGCGAGGCUUUGGAAAGGGCGCGGUGGGGAUGGGCGAGUGCCUGAGACCACCCCCCGCCCCAGGAGGGGUCCGGACUCUCUCGGACCGCAGCGCCCGGCGUGUGGGACCGGGACCGGGACCGGGACCGGGACCGGGACCGGGACCGGCCCCGGCCCCGGCCCAGAGGAGGGCUUUGCCGGCGGUCCGGCUGCCCGCCGCACGGCACCCCCGGUUGCAGGGCCGGCCGCGCACCGGCUCCGGGUCCGCACGGAAGACGGAAAUCCCCGGCGGGAGGAGGCGUGGGAGGGAAAGGGCGAUAGCCUAAACUGGGCUGCCGUCGGCUCGGCUCAGCACGGCUCGGCUCAGCACGGCCCGGCUCGGGCAGCCACCCGCCUCCCGCACCGCUGCGAUGGAGCUGCGAGGCUAUAGGUAUCUGGUACUGCUCCUUCAUAUCCUGAGAGCUGUUAUUGCACUGGAGGAGAAGAUCAUCGUCAGUAAACUUGGAGACAACGCUACACUGAGUUGCAUUUAUCGAGGAACAGAAUUGCACUUAAAAAGUCUACGGGUAUAUUGGCAAAUAGCAGAUGAUCAAGAAGACUGCUCAGUUGUCCAUGCACUGAUCUCUGGUCAAGACAACGAAAGUGAACAGUGUAUUCACUUUAAAAACAGAACUCAGUUAUUCUGGGAUAGAUUGGAAAAUGGCGAUUUUUCUCUGCUACUACUAAACGUCAGCCAGAGUGAUAAACAUAGGUACAAAUGUGUAGUACUGCAGAAAACUGAAUAUACCAAAGUGAUUCACCAGGCAGCAGUGGUUCUCAGUUUAGCAGCUAGUUAUAGCCAACCAAUACUCAGUGGACCAAUAAGAAACAGUGACAGUGCUGGAGAGGAGGUGACUUUCAGCUGCAAGUCCAGCAAUGGAUACCCAGAGCCCAAUGUUUAUUGGAUAAAUAAAACAGACAACAGCCACCUGCAUCCAUCAGAGCUAGAGAUCACUCCCCACACCAAUGGCACUUACAGCGUUUUUAGCACACUGAAGGUUAAAGCCACUUCCAACAUGCAAAUAGAGUGCUCCAUAGAAAAUAAAGUACUGCAGGAAAAUCUGUCAGCCAACUACACGCAGCAGAAGCAAAGCAAUCAUUCUAGCACAGAAAGUCAGAAAGACCUGGGAAAAAAUGGGCGAGGUGCUCAAGCCGCUGGCGUCGUUUCUAUUGUCAUUCUGAUAGGUCUUCUAGUUGUUUUAACCUGCUGGCUGUGGAGACGGAGGUCCUCUAGGCUAGUGUCCCACACAGAUGUCCUGUCAAAUGAAGACAAAGGAGAACUCAACUCACCUGUCUAAAUGGCAAGUCUGCCAACAAUUUGGGCAGCUGCAGAUGCGUCAAGAGAAGCAUCACCCACCUCAGUGGCAGCAUUGCUUGUAACACAAGAGACAGAUUUCUGCAGUGUGCCAGGGGAGACGGCAAAAAAAAGCUUCUCCAGCACAACAGACAGCAAAAUCUGCUGGAUUUCUGCUCCAGCCACUGGCUGUAUCCACACAACAGUUGUGUCACCACACCAGCUAACCACUUUGGACAGUCCUCUGUGAUUGUCAGACCUUUCGAGCUCCUGCACUGGGGGAAGCAGUAAGCCUGGGACUUAGCUACUCUGUGCCAGAGCGCUGAAAGCUGGUGAAUGCCCAGUCUCUCGUCAUCACCAUCGAGAACUUUGUUAGUAGCAGAAGCCACCGUGUUUCAGGAGCAUGGGAAGUUCUUGCUGCUUCUCUUUACCCCAACAAUGACUACUGAAUGUGAAGAAUGGCAGCUAAAAAAAUAAAAAAACAACCAAAACCAAAACAACCCACACACAAAAGAAAACUGAAGGACUCUUUGCAAAGUGAAAUUUGUGACCUUUUCCACUUUUCUCUCUCUACAGUGCAUCUUUUCAUUGUUUGGUUUCACCAGCUGCAUGUUAUUGUGUACAGAAUGAGGUAGAACAUUUUGACCCAAUCCUCCAAAAAUGAAAGUUGCUACAACAGGGUUAAGUGCUGAAUGCGCUAAUGUAAGAGAACAUGCAUUCUUUAAAUGCACUUGAUAUCAACGUUUUGUUUUUUACCGAAUAUUCCACCAAAAAAGGGGACUUCCACUCUUGACAGAAGCCAGUGCCUAUGAACAGGCUGUGGAAAUCUGACCGAUUACAAAUAGUGCUCUGUGCUAUGCUAAUGUCAGGUUACCUGGACUUACCCUUUUCAAGAUGGAACAAAAACUGUGGUUAAGCUCUGCUUGAUUCAGCUGGUCCUUUAUUUAAGCCCCCCCCUCAUCUUCCAGGGAGGAUUUUAAACUGAACCUCUCCUUGUGACCCAUCCCUCCACCCCCCCACCCCCCCCAAAAAAAAGUACAGACACAGAAAGUGAUAUAUCACUGUGUUGACCAUGAAUGUCCAGAAAGCCAGGAACUGCAGAUUCCUUGUGCCAGUGCCUGUGUCCCACUGGUUCAGCCCUGAGUCAGCCAAGAGCAACUGGUUGAAAAUGGCAAGGCAGUAAACUUUGCUGAUGAUACAAGGUUUUGAAGGAAGAAAAGUCUAUAUUAGCUCUCUUGCCUUGGUGGGGUAGUUUUCUCCAUCAUGUCAUUGGGGGGAGUGGAGAUGAUGAUUUUAAAGUGAGCCCUGGAAACACCUGGCUUCUCCUGCACCAGUUGCUAGACUAAAAGUCUACUGGUUUUGUGAUUAAGUCUCAGCCUUGUUUGUCCUAGCUCUGCACAGGGGGGGCAUUCCAGUGAAUAAGACACUGAUUUUUCAUAUCAAGAUCAGUUUUCAAAUCCCAGCCAGGUGAAAAUCAAUUUUGUUGUCCUGUUCUUCCAUCACACAGAAUCCAGAACCAUUUGGCAAUAGCACAAUUAGCUUUUGUUGAAGCAAUACCCCCAGGGAGGCUCAGAAUUGGGUAGCUCUGCACCAACGCUGCGCCAGUAUCUUGUGGGAAGGCUGCACAGGCUCAGCCUCCAUGGCAUUUAAAAGAAGGGGCAGUUUAGAUCUCACUUGAUGCAAUCUAGGCUUACUCACCAAUUUGAACAGGAUAGGGAAAUUGGGAAUUUUUUUUUUCCCAGGAAAAGAAAAAGCCAAGCUGCAACUAAAUAAUUAAUCUGCUGUCUCCUGUUUAGAUUGUAACUUUACAAUUGUGGGUUUUUAAAAGACAUUUUAUCUAUUAAUAUAAAAAAAGUUAAUUGCAUAUUUGCUAAUCUUGAAUGUUGUCGAUAAAAAAUACUGGUUUAUUUAUUAAUUUCACUUCUGUGCUCUGUUGCCUUCCAAUCUACAACUGCAGCAUACCCUAUCAGGUAGGAUGUUUAGCUCAUAGCAUUUUUCAGUAAGAUUACUGAGGUGCCGUAAGUUACUUAAAUGUCAGCCUUUCCUUGCCUUCUCUCAUGUCCAUUAAUUUAGGUGUUAGAUAUUUUCUGAGUCCAUAUCUAGUCUUCAGUGAACCAUAAAGGGGAUUCACUAGAUGAAAGCAUGCAAGCUUGCAGACACCUUAAAAAUGUGAACAUCUGUGUGAUGUGAAGGGUAACCAUUUCCUAGUGGUUCAGUAAGAAAUCCUGCAGACAUUUCCUCGCUAUCACAUGAAGUUGUUUUGUGCAGCCUCUCUGGUGCUGCUGUAACUGACAGAAGCCUCUUCUAAAAACAGUUUUCCACCUUUAUAUUCUGCAACUGCAAGAAGCUAUAACAGUUUAGAGAUGUAAGUGGUGACCUAGCAGUCGCUUUACAAUAUGUUGUUAACCUAAUUUAGACUGGUUGGAUUUCCUUACUUCUGAGCUACUUCACGCUGUGUACUGAAUACAUCUAAAUGCAACAGCCUACUCUUGCAAAAUCUAUACAUUCAGUGGGGGUUUCCAGCUCUUUUUGGAGGCAAGUAAACCCUACAUGGUAGUUGUUUGUUAGUAUUCCAAGGGCUUGCAAAUUUUGUAAUAACAGAGUUUUUGUCAUCACUUACCACGUUUAUAUUUUAAAUAAAAUCCAUUCAUUCUUCUGGA